AUGUCCAGGAGGUGUUAUUACGAUAGAUAUGUCUGUGAUAUAAACCUCUUGAAAACAGAGAGAUGGGAUAAAUAUAAUAGUUCAGAUAAAGAAUUGCUUCUACAAUUUAUGAAAAGAGAAAUGUCAGAUAACUUAGCUACUCACAAACAGGUUCAUACAGGGGAGAAACGCUAUCACUGUGAUAUCUGUGGUAAAUCAUUCUCUCAAAGUACUAACUUAACAGCCCACAAACGUAUUCAUACAGGUGAGAAACCAUAUCACUGUGAUAUUUGUGGUAAAUCAUUCUCUGUUGGCUGUAGCUUAACUAAGCACAAACGUAUUCACACAGGUGAGAAACCAUAUUCCUGUGAUAUCUGUGGUACAUCGUUCUCUCAUCACAGUAGCUUCAUUCAACACAAAAGGGCUCAUACAGGCGAGAAACCAUAUCACUGGGAUAGAUCAUCCUCUGCAAACAAUGGCUUAACUACACACAUACGGGUUCUUACAGGGGAAAAACCUUAUCACUGUGAUAUCUGUGGUAAAUCAUUCUCUGUUGGCUGUAGCUUAACUAAGCACAAACGUAUUCACACAGGUGAGAAACCAUAUUCCUGUGAUAUCUGUGGUACAUCGUUCUCUCAUCACAGUAGCUUCAUUCAACACAAAAGGGCUCAUACAGGCGAGAAACCAUAUCACUGGGAUAGAUCAUCCUCUGCAAACAAUGGCUUAACUACACACAUACGGGUUCUUACAGGGGAAAAAACCUUAUCACUGUGAUAUCUGUGGUAAAUCAUUCUCUCAGAACGGUA